CGUGUGCAGCCGGAGGAGCGGCGGCGGCGGCGGCGGGAGCAGAGGGAGCGGAGGGAGGGCGAGAGAGCGGGCGCGCUUGUCAUGCUGCCUCUCUCACCCCGGGGGCAUCCUGCACCACCUCUCCUCGGAAAUCCGCGGGGAAAUGGCAAACAGGAUUGACGGGUUUCGCACGCACCUCGCCAGACAGAGCCGCUCAUUACCAUAACCGUCUGCAGCGGCGACGGCGGCGCGGCGCCCCGGUCGCGGCGGCGGGACCUGCCCGGACCCUCGCCCGCCGCCUCCCCCGCGGCCACCGCCGCCGCCGAUCGGGCCGCCGGGCGGGACCGGCGCGACUGGGGCCCCGGCCGCCGGGCUGGCGCCGAGCCCCCGAGCGGACCAGCGGCCGCCGCCUCCCGCUGACCCCGCGAUCUGAGGCUGUCAGAGAUGACUCUGGUUCUGUCCAUGAAUAGAUUCUGCGAGCCCAUUGUCUCGGAAGGAGCUGCCGAAAUUGCAGGGUACCAGACACUAUGGGAGGCUGACAGCUACGGAGGCCCCAGCCCCCCAGGGCCAGCGCAGGCUCCUCUGCAGGGAGACCGGGGAGCCGGCCCCCCGCUGGCAGGAUCACAUUACAGGGGAAUUUCAAAUCCUAUAACAACAUCCAAGAUCACAUACUUUAAGAGGAAGUAUGUGGAAGAAGAGGAUUUUCACCCACCACUCAGCAGCUGUAGCCAUAAAACCAUCUCCGUUUUCGAGGAGCGAGCCCACAUCCUUUACAUGUCCUUAGAGAAGCUCAAGUUCAUCGAUGACCCUGAAGUGUACCUCCGGAGAUCUGUACUGAUAAACAACCUGAUGAAGAGGAUCCAUGGGGAGAUCAUCAUGCAGAAUAAUUGGUGCUUUCCCGCCUGCUCGUUCAACAGCGCCCCUGCCCAGGAGUGGUUCGUGGCCCAGGACUGUCCUUACCGGAAACGACCGCGGAUGGCCAAAGAGGAGUGUGAGAAGAUCCAUGCCUGCUGCUUCUACCAAGAUUGUGGUGGCCACUACCUAAAUCUACCCCUUUCUGUCAAUGCUAAUGUUGGAAGUGCCUCCACCACUGCCUCCUCCUCUUCCCCCUCCUCCCUCUCCUCCCUCUCCUCCUCCUCCUCCUCCUCCUCCUCCUCCUCCUCCUCCUCCUCCUCUUCUUCCUCUUCUUCCUCCUCUUCCCCUCUGCCUUUACCAAGUUGUUCCCACCAGGUGGAUUUUGAUGUCGGCAGUGCACCGAUUUACAAGGGCGAUGGCCACAUACCUGCCAGCGAAAUCUUUGUCACUAAUGCCAGGUCGCUUGGUGUUCAGGAAAAGGCCAGAUCACAUGAUGAGAAAUCCCAUGAUGACACUGACCGGGCCGGCGGCCCCCUCAGCCACGAACCUUUGGGACACGACCUGGCGUUUGAGUGCAAAGGCCAAUUUUAUGAUUAUUUCGAGACUGGCUACAAUGAAAAGAACAGCGUCAGCGAGUCCUGGAAGAAGUCCUUGAGGAGAAAGGAGCCCUCCCCAGGCAACAAACUGUGCUGCAGCAAAAGGAAGUAGAACUCGAGCCAUCCUUUCCCUCCGCAACUCUUGACGCAUGCUCAGCAUGACCCGUCAGCGCUCCUGCAUUUUAUCCUGAAUGGACUUUUCUAGUUUUGUAUAGCUGAUACGAUUAUGCCAUGAA